AUGCAACAUUGUUACGUGUUAUGUUCUCCUCCCACCCCCACUGCAUCCAAUUACAAAUCGACAGCAAAUUUACACCGCCUCAAUUCUUUACCUACUUCCUUCACCGCCUUCAUUUUGCUUCCCGCUUCCGUCUCUAACACCAUACACAAAUCCAGUUUCUUCCUCACUUAUCUCCGCCGCUUCCGUCUCGAUGGUUCUGCGAUUCUCAGCGCACUGAGCAAAGCAGACCACGAAAGCUGUUCUUCUCCACUACGACACCAGUCCUUCCACUCCUCUUCAAGUAUCGACUGUGUUCUUCCUGUGUUUUUCUUGAAGGGAAUAACCCUACAUUCCAAGACAUCCAGUAGAACCUCGCACAGAACCAUAAGCGGGACUGGGAGGAAGCGAUUACUCAAACCAACUCAGAUGAUAAGCAUCCAGAAUAGUAAUAUACUGAACCAAUCAUUUGAUUUUGAUGGCACUGUUGUGGUAGCUGAUAAGAAGAGGUAUCUGAAACGAGGAGGCGAUCGUCAAUGUUCAGAUGUUGUCCAAAGCUUAGUGUUUACCGCAGCUCAUAAAGAGCUAGAAGAGGAGUUCAUAAAUGAAAUAGAUGAAGCUAGUGAUGGUAGAGAAAAGCAACUACGUAGAGAGAAAUCAAUGGAGAAGAGGGAAAUCUAG